UCGGACUGCCACUGCCAUGUGAUGAUUCAGCAGAGCAUCUGAGAUGAUCCUUGCGAAUUACGCUAUUUGGGCCUCGCAACGAUCCCAUGUGCGACCGGCACCAGCAUGUCGUCGACCAGCAUCUUUCCCGACCUUGGGACGAGGCGGAACGAUAUACCAACACUUGUUAUCUGUCGUCCACGGGCUUGUGCCUGGGCAUCCAGCGGCACUGACGCGUUAAUAAAAGACUCGAUGAGAUCCUUUCACACCUGCACUGGCCACCUGACUCGCAAAACGAUCAAAAGGAGCCCGGCAGAUACGCGAGCGCUGUCGCGCGCGAGGCACGGAUCGAAUCAACGAAUGAAGUGUCCAUUCGACCAGUAUUCAUGCCCAGCACGAGCAAAUUGCUUCGCAGACACAUACCGACAAGAAUCGCUUGCUCAUGACGGCUACUCCAAAGCCUCACACGCUACACACGGGCACCGCCUCAUCCGUGUCCGGAGAAGGACAGGCAGCGUCAUCAUCUCAGCUUGCGUUGCCGAAUGGAGCCAUUUUCAGCAAAAUCAUGUCUGGACACUGGCUAAUCAAUACAAGCUCAGGUGCCUGCUAUUGUCAACGUACAACAAUGAAACCACCUUAUGGCAAAGCAUGUGUCUGUAACCGCAUACUGCACGAGCGAACACCGUCAAGUCCUGUCGAACCGAUUUCCAAGACUGCAGACCAUCGCAGCGACAGAGUUUCAGCGCGCCGGAGACACAUGGGCGCACCCGUUGUUGGAAAACCUACAGCUCCUCAUCUCGAAUUAGGUCGGACUCCAAAAUUGUCUCAGGAACGGGCGGUGCGGUGAAUGCUAUUCUAUGCAAGCAUAGGUACAUUCUGCCAGCGUUGGCCAAUCCCAAUGCCUCGCCACUUCCCCGAGCCCCAGCUACCCGCCCGAGCCCCAGCAAUACAGUGGAUUAUGGAAUCCGCUGUUCCUAACAAAAUCGCGUGGGGAAGCGAUUUCCGGAUCCCCGCAACCACCACCGACCGGGCAACCACUUCUAUACUGCUGCUAGCCAUAAAGCCAAAGUUUGUUAGCAAAUCAGUGGUAUAGCAAAUUUAAAGGUAUUGUUGGUUGCUAUCUACUCAGGUCUAAGCGGAUUACGACCUGCAGCCUUGUAACUACGUGAUGCUAUAUAUACUAGCUUAUAUUGGUCCCUUAUUUGCUAACUAGCCUGCUGCUGCAUAUAAUACUGCU